CGUCACAAUUAUGAGGGCAUGGGACCAUCUUGCAGGUCGGGAGAGGGGUGAAACAUGCCCCUGUCAGUUGUUAUGCACUUCUGCACCGCCCUAAUCUCCCAUCUCAUCACCCUUCUCUUCUCCUUCUCAAGCAAAGGAGAACCCAAAGCCCCUCUUUCCUCCGUCCUCUUAAUCAAACCUGAAACUUUGCUCACCUCCGAAGCCCACCUAUUUUUUUGCUUUUCAUGCUAGUCUUCAUUUUCUCUCUCUCGCGUAAGUAAAAGCCAUAAAAAUUUCUUCUUUUGAUGAGAUUUGUUGCCGCCUGCUCCUUAUCAGUGAAAUUAAAGUUCCCAACCCGAAGCUUUCUUUACUAGCAGGUCGUUGGACGGGCGACACGCCUCUCCUUCGCUUCUCCCUAUUCCAUCGUUUCCUUUUCUUGGCCGGUGCAUUUAUCUGUGUUGGGAAACGAGACAGCCAUCAAUACAUAAUCUUUGGGAUUAAUGGACUUCAGAAGCAACCAUGACGAUGGACCGCUCAUUAGUCCCGUCUCUCUCGACCAUUCCCCUCCUCCAAUCCGCGCCUCCGCCUUCUCUAAACCAUCUUCUUCCUCCCACAACCGUUUCCUCCUCUCUCCUACUUCGACGCGUGCCGCUACAUCGAAGUAUCGAGAAUGCUUGAAGAACCAUGCCGCCAGCAUCGGCGGCCACGUUCUCGACGGCUGUGGCGAGUUCAUGCCCAACGAAGACGACAACUUAAAAUGCGCCGCUUGCGCUUGCCACCGCAGUUUCCACCGUAAGGCCUCUGCUAAUUUGCCUUUAAUUCUCCCACCGCCUCCGCUGCAUAAUUACCGUCACAAUCAAAAGCAUUUCGGGUUCCAGCCCAGUCUAAGUGGUGGUACGACUACCGAUUCUUCUAGCGAGGAGCAGAUGGACGUCGCCGACAUUGCAGCGACAGUGGCACAGCCCACUCGUAUUGUGCUGGCGGCGUCAAGGAAGCGGUUUAGGACAACGUUUACGGCGGAGCAGAAGGAGAAGAUGCUGGAUUUUGCGGAAAGAGUUGGUUGGAGACUACAGAAGCAGUAUGAGAAUGCCAUUGAUGAGUUUUGUAACGAGAUUGGAGUUCGCAGAAAAGUUUUCAAGGUAUGGAUGCAUAACAACAAGCACUCUAUAAGAAAACAGCAGCUGCUGAUACAGAACCAGCCGCAUGAAGAGCUUGAGCACCUUAGUCUUCAGCAACGGGAGCAGUAGACGUUGAUGAUGAAGGUAAUGAGAGAGAUAAUGAAAAUAGUUUUAGUGGAACAAAUGUAAAAUUUGACUUGUUUUAUGCGUGUUUUUUUUAUUUUUUUUUGGCCAUUGGCUAGCUCAUCAGGGUUUGAUUCCUGACAUCAAAGUUGUUGCUUUUAUUAGUUUUCAGCCACUAUUAGGCGAUGAUAUCUUGUUCUCUCCCAUCUUUUUCUCUUGCUUUAUGAAUAUGCAUUGGUUUCUGAGGCUAAGCAUUAGCAUGGCUGCUUUCUUUGGACCAAGAUGAAAUAUUAUUGUUGCUCAUCCAUUCUCUUUCUGUGAACAUUGGAGCAGCUAAGUUGAGAAAAUUAAUCCAUUUGUCCUUUGAAACACCAGGCUAGCAACCGGGUAAAGUGGGCUGCUUUUUGGUGUUCUUCUAUCCUCUUUCAAGGAAAGGACCACCUUAAAGAUCCCAUGCAUUGUUCAUUUUGUUUCGUAUUGUUGAUAUGUUUGUUUCCUUGUGAUGUAUGCUAUUGUAAUAGGUUUUCUUACAAUUAGCGAGUUUGUACACUAAAUUGGAUUUG